GAUCUUGGAUAUGGAUCUUCUUCAGUUCCUCUUUGUCCUGCUAUUGUCUGGGACGGGAGUCCCAGACACCCUGAAGACCUCCCUGGACCCGAGCCUGCAGAUCUACAAGAAGAUGUUUGAGGUGAAACGGCGAGAACAGCUGCUGGCCCUGAAAAACCUAGCACACCUAAACGAUGUCCACCAGCAGUACAAGAUUCUUGAUGUCAUGCUCAAGGGGCUCUUUAAGGUGCUGGAGGACUCGCGGACAGUGCUCAUUGCUGCAGAUGUGCUCCCAGAUGGGCCCUUCCCCCAGGACGAGAAACUGAAGGAUGCUUUCUCCCAAGUAGUGGAGAACACGGCCUUCUUCGGUGAUGUGGUGCUGCGCUUCCCGAGGAUUGUGCACCACUACUUUGACCACAAUUCCAACUGGAACCUCCUCAUCCGCUGGGGCAUCAGCUUCUGCAACCAGUCGGGCGUGUUUGACCAGGGGCCCCACUCACCCAUCCUUGGCCUGAUGGCCCAGGAGCUGGGGAUCAGCGAGAAAGACUCUGACUUCCAGAACCCAUUUAAAGUAGACCGCCCAGAGUUUAUUUCCAGCACUGACCCUUUCCAGAAGGCCCUGAGGGAGGAGGAGAAGCGCAGGAAGAAAGAGGAGAAGCGGAAAGAGAUCCGAAAGGGCCCACGGAUCUCAAGAUCCCAGUCGGAGUUAUAGCCGGGAACAGCCCAGGGCUCAAGGGGCCAGGAGGAGACAAGUCUGGAGGAAGAGGCCGAAGCAUCGACUGGUGGUGAGAGCUGGCCCCUGUGAAAGGGGAAGUGGCAUUUGCUCAGCCCCUUGGAGCCGGCUCUGCGCCGUAACAGAAGUGACUGGGCCACAGAGGACUGAAUUUCCUUCCAGGGUCCUCCCUGGAGAGGGUGCCAAGGGGGUCUUCAGAGGAUGCCAUGCUGCAGAUCAAACCAUGUCGAGAUGCUGGGCGAGGCUGGAAGGAUCCCAGGCUGGACUCUCCCUUUGGGUUAGGACUGCUGGCCAGCUGGCUGCUGCCCUUCAUGAGGAGGGAGCAGAAUUGGGCUCUGAGCCACUUGUGGAAGUGCCGUGCCUGCUGCUGGCCCCACUGUGGCACUGAGCUGCCCAGCACAGGUCCCAGCGCCCUGCAAAGACACAGUAAAAGCCAGCAAACCCUC